GUUUACAUUAACAAAGCGCGGGGUGAGCGCAGUGAAAACCAACAUGUCAACACUCCAAAUAAAUAGCAGCAUGCUGCAAAAACUCACCCACGAGUCGACAGAAAUACGUCUAAGGACAUUGGAUCAAAUUGUCAAUAAAUUGGAACGAGCCUUGGAGCUGAAUGAAAAAGUUGAAUUUAAGCCUGUCGAAUUGUGCAAGCAAUUAAUUCGGUGGUUCGGUUUCUCGCCCAUAAGGGUACCUAUGAAGGUCUUGAAUCUGCUCAAAGGUUUGCUCCUUUCGGACAAUUACGGAGAGAAGGUUAUCAAACGAUUAGGAGUCGAACGUUUGAGGAAGGAGUUGCGUAGAGUGAAGAUAUUGUUGGAACAUGAAAGUCAGGAGAUAAGUGUGGUAAGGGAAAUUAUAGAUGUGCUUAAAAAACAUGAGAUAAGCUCUGCUAUUGAACAAAAAGAAGGUAACAACACCAUUGAUGAGCUAAUGGCAGCUACAGAACGCCUGAGCUUGAAAAGCGAACCUGACACGCCAGAAGAUUACAAACUUGAACACUAUGAGGUACCCUGGAGUACUCCCAGCAGCAGUGACUAUACAUCCAUGAAGUUUUUGGCAGAUAUUAUAAAAAAUCCUUCAUCCAAACCGGUCGAAUUGCUGCAUGCAAUGCAACAUUUGCAAAUCACCAUGAAAGACUAUCCGGCCGAGUAUAUGUUACAAGCUCCAAAUAUUUUUCGAAAUCUUCUAAAAUUGUUCGAGGCUCAGCACACUCAGGAUUAUGACCAAUGUUCAAUUGAUAUGACCGCAUUGGUUUUGUGCGAAUUUUUGAAAUGUCUAGAGACUCGCUUGGAGUUUAGAAAGAAGUCUUGCAACUAUCCACCCACAAGCACCACAAAUGACAAUGAAUUGCCUAAACCUUGCCAGCUCAGGGUAGAAAAAGCUCUAAAUGAUUUAUUUGGCCUUUGCAUAUCCUACUUUGAUAUAAAAUCGGAGCAUGGUAUUGCCUCACCAAUAGUGUGGGAAAUGGUUUUUAAAACGUUGCUUUUACAUGGAAUUCUCAAAAGACAAAUUCAUGAUGUGCAUUUGCAAAUGUUGGCAAGGGUUGUGUCUCAUCUACAACUAAGGUAUUCAGAAACGGACCAGUGCACUCGUCUGCGAAUAUAUCAAAUGCAGCUAAUAUUCCUAUUGCAGGACAUAGCUGAGAUGAAUGGCUGUUACAAGCCUCUGUAUUCAGUGGCCGUGUUUGAACCUAUUUUACGCGAUUAUCCAUUGAAGUGUUUGUAUCCGGAACGUCACCAUAGACUGGAAAAUACCUUAUUUCGAAAUGACAGUAGCUUGAAGGAGAAAUACAAACCCCUGAAUAAGUUCGAGCACUCAUUUCGCGAAGCCAUACAAAUGAUAAGUGGAUCUCCCGUCUGUGGUGUGGAACUCAUAAAACAAAGUUCUGAAAUACCGUUGGUCCUAGAAAGGCUUCAAAGUAGGCAGAUGAUGGAUGCCUUAUUCAAAGCUCUACAAGAUUCUACACCCUUGUAUGUGUCUAAUGCUGAACUAAAGGAGGAAGCCAUAGAUUUUCUGAUUAAAUUGCUUAACAUAGAAUGUAUGCCAUUGCAAAUGUACAUGUAUGAACAAGUAAUUAGUGCCUUUAAGCGUCACAUAGGUUGUCUAAUGAAUGGCGAAAGUUACAUGGCUGUAUGUUCAAAUGCGUGCCUUUUGGCGAACGCUAUCAUAGGUGUACCUUUUAACACCAAGUUAUUGCUUCAUAUUCUGAACAAGGGUUUCGAAAGUCCCGAGCAGAGGAUAAAGAGUUGUUGCUUUAAAAUUUUAGAGCUAUUGCUGCAGUCGGAGACUUUAUUUGGUAGCGAAUGGAGUCAAUUUUUACCCAAGUUAAUUCCCUUAUUGCCUCUUCUCAGCUGUUGCACUGAUUCAAAAAGAAUAAUGGAACUGCUAUUGAAGCUCUACGAUCCCGACAACAGGCACUUGCCAUAUGUUAAUGUAUUGCAAGGAAAUGUUUGUUUCCUCUUGCAUGCCAAUGCAGAUAGGCGAUCGGAAGCUCUUACAAGACUUUUGUAUACACUGAACUCUUUGAAUUGCUCCGACAAAUAUAUGCCCAAACUUAUGCAGAUAAGUGACACUUUGCCCAAUGAUAUCUGCUUGCUGACCGCACCCAGAGAAUAUCGGCAUGUUUUUAACGAUAUAGCACCUAUGAGAAGUGAUGCCAUUGUCACACUGAACAGCCUCUUUCAAUUGCUGGAUUCGCCCGAUGUGGAGCCCUUAAUACGCAAGACUACGCUUAUGCAAAUAAAUGUGUUGUGUUCCAACUGGCACGUUACAGGCGAACUUUGCAGUGCUGGUGCCUCCUAUCUGAUACUGCAAGCGAUGGAAAAUUCUCUUCAAAACAAUUGCUUUGUUGACUAUCCAGACACUUGCAUACCGGCCAUAAGUAUUCUAAACAAGAUCCUUUUAUACGAUACCUCAUUACGCUGUGAACUGUCGGAAACGCCAAAUAUUUACGUUCUGCUUCUUCGAGCUCUAAUGAUGUUCCAUAAUGACAUUCAAGUGAGGCAGGAUGCCACAAUGUGUUUAUUCCAGCUGAUAUUCGCUCACCAUUUAGUGGUCACCGAGAAGAGCGUGGAAGGUCCUUUGGUAUUGGGCAAUAUUCAUAUGCCUUUGGAUGUAAGUUUGCGCUCAGCUUUCGCAUGUAACAACCAGGACGAGGCCGAGUUACGGAUCAUAUGCUCCAUAUUCGGCUCUGCCUCUAAAGAAAUCCAGUACUGGCGUUUUGUCAUAGCUGAAGCUUCCUGCAACGGCCUUCACAGCAUUAACCAAAAGUCUGCGGGGAAACAAUCUCAGCUGGAUAUCAGGGAAGAUCUUAAGUUAACAAGUCAAGACAUCAGGUUAAUACGAGCUACACAGCCUGGUGUUUCCUUGCAACGCUUGGCCAGGGCUACAUCAAACGCAACUGACCAUAGGUCUUUAAUGCAUGCAUGUUCCAUGCUGAAUCAACAGCUUCUUUUACCCAGGCUCCAGCACACAUUUACAGUGGACACAGACUCGAUGGAAAUGUUAAGUAACAUGCUUAAUAAAUAUCUACAAUUGCAGCCAAGUAACAACAAUGAUUUGGAGCUAUAUGGAUAUUUGGUUGGCGUUCUCAUGAAUUGCCUAAGAAUUCCCUUGAUCCAUGUGGCUUCGGAAUUCAUAAAAAUGCUGCACAAAGAUGUGCGGCAUGCUUUCAUUACACUGAUUACAACCCAACAAGAGGAUAUUCCUUUGAAUAUUUAUUGUCAAAUAGCCCGAAUAAUGCAAUAUCUGGUUGAGCAUUGCCGGGAAGCUUUCGAACACAUUUUAACCGCAUCGGAAAGAAGUAACUUCUUUAGCAAACUUUUCGAUUUGCUUAUGGAGCGUUGUCUUCAGCUUUUUGAAGCACGGGAUUUGCAAAGAGUCCGUUGUUUGCUAUCUCUACUGCUAGCCCUAUCUUCGUGCCACUUGGACAUGUCCGACAAGAUUCUUUUCUAUUACUGUCGGCGAUUUUUACAACUCUCCUUGGGUUUGAAAUCCUUUACACAAACUGGCUCACAAUGGCACUAUGCCUGUUUGAAAUCCAUCCUACAAUUAAGCCGCCAAAUGGAAGCUCCGCAACACAGUUUUCGUUUAACAGCAGGUGUAGUAAAGUACAUAAGUGGACUCUGCGCACACAUAAAUGGUCAAGUAAGGGGUUUAGCGUGGAGUAUAUUGUAUGUUAUUUCGGAGACAGUUGCACUGCCACCCGAAGAUGGAAAAGAAGCAAAGAGUUCAGAUUGCUCAGGACCGCAAUUAUUAUUGAAUGAAUUAUCCUUCCUACCUGGAGGUUUUAUGGCCUGUUGUAUCAGCUCCGCUAUGGAUAACAACGAGAUAGUUCAGGUCCGGCAAUUGGCUGGUCAAUUGUUUGCCAAUUUAAUACAACGCGGCCAAGAAAACACUGAAACCCUUGAGCAAUUGUUGGAACAAUAUGGCUUUUUAAAUGCUGCCGGUGAAGCUGUUAAUAAAGAUGUUUGUGUCUUAAGCGAUGAAUUGCCCCAAGGACUAGAUGCUUCUAAUACCAAUAUUACCACCUGCGAUCUAUUAACCUCUUACACUCGCAUAUGCAUUGAGAUGUCCUUGAGGUCGCCCAUGUUUCUUGAAGAAAUUUGCACCCGUCCAUUUAUGUUUAAAUUGUACGAAAUAUUCAAACAUCCCAUAGCAUCCAUGACCAACAACUCUACCGGCUACAUUGAUAUGAUUGCCAUGAUUUGUCGCCUCUAUGCCAUAUGCAACACCAAUAAUUUUAUAUUUCUACAGCGUACGAUUUGCCGUGAUCCCGUGUGGUUAAAUAGCUUUUGUAAAAUUAUGUUUUCAAUAGAAUACUCCAGCAUUGAACCAUUUAAAAUUGUCGAUAUUAUGCAGCUGCUUAUGGUUUUAAUUAAAGAUCCCACCGCCUUAGAGCACCUCACCACCCAAAUGUUGGAGUACAGUUCUGAUAUCGUAAGGCUGUACCAAUACACAAUUGCCAUUGUUCGUCUUGGAACUAUGCUGCAACGCUGUAUGCUAUCAUUUCUGAGUUUGCUUUGCAUAAAAGCCCAGCCAGAAAUAGGAGGAGAACUUAGUUGUAAUAUCCUAUUGCUUAUUAAUGGCUCUAACAUCGAUAAUGAUAAUUGCACGGAGGCCUACGCCGAAGUUAUACGGGAAGACAAGGAGAAUCAAAAUGGAAAUAUCAAAAAGAAAGUCAACAAGUCUAAUGAAAAAGCAAAAACAACUACCACUUCAAGCAUAUCGGAGCAUAUAUGUAUUCUAUUAAUACGCCUAUUCACACACCUUUAUCCCUUGAAGGUUUGUAAAUUCACUACGUUGCCAAGUGAAAAUCAACAGCAGGUUGUGGAAACGCUCUCGUUAAUAUUAAAAGUUUCACCAAAUGCCCAAGAAACUGCUCGCAACCUCAAAUUAAACGAACAAGUGGUGAAUAUUUUCAAAACAUUUUUCGAAGAGUUUGCAACAACCUCUUGUACAACAUAUGUAAAACGGUAUGGAGAACACAAGAAAUCCGCGGUUGUCAAGAAUAUGCAACUUUUGUUUAAUUUCCUACUGAAUUGGCACUCUUCACCGACAAUGGUCAUAACCGACGAUAAUUUGGCCAUAGAAUACAGUAAACUGAUUAUACAAAUAUGGCCUUGGAUGGCACAUUCCGGAGAACUGAAAUUAGCUGUUCUGCAAGCCACAGCAUUUUUCUGCGAACGAUCGCUGGUAGUGUGUAAACGUUUCUCUACCAUAAACAACAGCUCCUUUGCUCAUUCCGUCCUACAGUUGACCACCAAGCUUAUGAUGGCAGAUACAUUAAAGAUCAAAACAUCCAGCACGGACAGUUAUGCGGUUAUUUCAGCUGGUCUGAGAGUUUUAAUAAAUUGCUGCAGUUCGGUGGAAGGCCGAAAUGCCUUAAACAAAGCUCAUGUUACGGAUAUUUUCGACAGUCUGUAUCCGUUCAACAACAAAGCAGCACGUCUCAAGUCGGACAUUGUAAUUGCUUGGUUAACAUUCUGGGAAACGCUGUCGCGCUAUGAAGAAGGUGCUCAAGUGCAUCAUUUGAAUUCGUUGUGUGCCGUGAUUAACCGUUGCAAGGGAGAAACGCGUAUCUUGUGCCUUCGAAUUUUACGAAAUGUGACUUUCCUCAAUAGCAAUCGUUCGAUCCUAUUAACUUCAACUGAUUUUAUCUACACUGCAAACGAGAUAGUUUCACAAACUUUAUCCGCCAAGUCUUCUGUUGAGGAACAACUAGCCAUAUGUGUUGCUCUAUGGAAACUCAUAUGUGGCGGUGCUAAAUUUGUGGCCAUGAUCCGAGGAACGAAAUUAGCAAAGCAGCUACGACUACUACGAGAUGCACUAACAAGUCUCAUGGAAGAGAGCAAUGCAAAAAUCAAGUUUGGUAAAGAUUUGCUAAAGGUCUUGGACAUUAUUUUUAAAAUAUUUCAAAAUUAAAUACGAAUUAAUUUUUAACAGAAUUUUAAUGUACAAAUUUUACCGCAUUUUUACAUAUAUGAUGAUAAUAUAUAUUGUUAGUUAUUAAAAUAUUUAUUGAAAUUAAAGGACAUUUUUAUACGAAAA